CACCAACAGUGACAACUCAAAGCACACCCCCGUAUCUGAUAUAGAAACAUCGUUUGACAUAUAUCCACCCCCACCCAUAUCCAUAUUUUUCCCAUUCGCAAACAAAAUUCCAUCCUUGUUGCGACUUUUUAUUAGCUUCCACCUGCAUAGUAAAUCAAUAAACAUAUCCCAAAAGUUCGUUUGAAAGCAAAAAAAGGAAACAAAAAAAAAAAGAAAAGAUAAGAAAGAUGGGUGUUGAUGAGGAGAAAUCAGAGGGUGAAGGAAAAGUUUGGAGUCUUUGUAGAAUGCCAUUUUGGCAGACGAGUAGUAGCAAUGGCAAUGGCUCUUCUUCAUCUUCAUCUUCAUCUUCUUCGAUGGGCAAUAACAAUGUUUAUCAGCAAAGCCAAACUAGUCAGCUUGGUGAACGAUCAACUGCAACUUCUUCAAACGCAGUUUCUUCUAUGGCAAAAUCUUUGCUUCCUACUCGAAGAAGACUCAGGCUUGAUCCUCCCAACAAGUUGUAUUUUCCUUAUGAACCAGGUAAACAGGUCAGGAGCGCCAUUGGCAUUAAAAACACUAGCAAGUCUCAUGUAGCUUUCAAGUUCCAAACAACUGCACCAAAGAGUUGUUACAUGCGACCUCCAGGAGGUAUACUUGCUCCUGGUGAAAGUCUUAUUGCAACUGUAUUCAAGUUUGUGGAACCUCCAGAGAACAAUGAGAAACCAAUAGAACAAAAGAGCAGAGUUAAGUUCAAGAUCAUGAGCUUAAAAGUGAAAGGAGAAACAGAUUAUGUCCCUGAACUGUUUGAUGAGCAGAAGGAUCAGGUUGCAGUUGAGCAGAUUCUGCAUGUAGUUUUUCUUGACCCAGAACGCCCUUGUCCUGCACUGGAAAAACUUAAACGUCAACUGGCUGAGGCUGAGACUGCACUUGAAGCACGCAAAAGGCCUCCAGAAGAAACAGGACCACGUAUAGUUGGGGAAGGACUUGUUAUAGAUGAAUGGAAAGAACGGAGGGAACGAUACCUAGCUCGGCAGCAGGUUGAAGGUGUUGAUUCGGCAUAGAAGUGCCAUCUUUGUAUUGCUUUAGGCCUUGGGCACUUCUUUCCUUGAGCUGAAGUUUCCAUUUUGUUGUGUUGAAUUCUUUCUUAUUUGUCACUUGGAGGGUGUUAAGGUGAUCAAGAGGAGUCUUGGAAAAGAGGUAAAUGUAAGCAAGUUUGUUGCAGUUAAACGUAAGCUUAAUUCAAUGUGGUUUAAGAUACUUAAUCAAGGGCUUACCCCAAUUUCUUGUAGAUAAUGAGGUUUUGUAUUAGAAACAAAAUUGUUGAUUUUGGCAGAACAAAGUUAUAUUGUCCUCGUGUUGUUCAUUAUGAUUUUCCUUUAGUUUUGUGAAUGAGACACUCCACAGACCUUAAUGUUUCA